AACACUUGCUUCAUCGCGUCCACCACUGCCAACCAUCCUCAUUACUCAAACCACCAUCACCAAUUUUAUCGUGAUGUCUACAGCAGCUUCUUCAUCGACAGCACCGGCGAACUCAGCAAAGGUUACUGAACCUUUACGAGAGGACGAUGCCCAGCCUACUCUAGGCGUGCUCGAGGAAGACGAUGAGUUCGAGGAGUUCGCUGUUGCUGACUGGGAUGAUUCACAAACUGAUCUCGCACAUCUUGGAGGUGCUGCUCCUGGAGCGGCGAAGAGUGGUGGAAAUAAAUUGUGGGAGGAUAACUGGGACGAUGAUGAUAUCGAAGAUGAUUUCAGUGUCCAAUUACGGAAUGAACUUGAGAAGAAGAAGAGCGGGAGUGCUGAACCGAUGCAGCACUAGUCCUACUGUCUUCGUUGUCUUGAUGCCACCGUGUACAUGUAUUCUUUGAUUCAUCCGAUCGCAUUCAUUCGACCGAUGCAAGCACCCUGUGUAUGAAUUGGCCACUG